GACGAGAUCGAGGAGGCAAAGAAGCUAGAGAUCAAGAGGCUCGAGGAUUUCGGGGCCUUCCAGGUGGCGCCGACGGAGGCGUCGAAGGGCAAGCGGGUGAUCGCGACGAAGUGGCAUCUCACUUGGAAGGCUGAGGAGAAGAUUACGAGGGCGAGGUUCGUGGUGCGAGAGUUCGCCAAGUUCGCGAAGAGGUUCGACGUUUUCGCGCCGGCUUCGACAGCGACGACGAGCAAGGUCAUGAAUUUCAUCGCCAUGCAGCUGUUCCUCUUGACCUUCUGCUUCGACUUCUCGAGCGCCUUCUUCAAUGCGCCGGAGAACGAGGAGUGCUCUGUGCACCCCCCGGCGGAGUGGAUCAAGAAGGAGGUCGAGGAAGGCAGGAAGCCGACCGCGAGCGAGGAGUUCCGCCAGGAGCUGCACCACAUCAAUAUGGUCAAGACCAGCGGCCCCGUCAAGCACGGAGAGGAAUAUGUCCACCUGAAGCGUUUCAGGACCUGCACGAGAGACGAGGUCGCAUUCAGGAGCGACCCCAGGCAUGUCACGAGCGCGAGGAAGGCGCUGGGCAUGGAGAACCGCGGAUCACAACCCACCCUGGGCGUCAAGGCCAACAAGAAGAGCAGCGAGGACCGCGUGGAGUCAGACGGCAAGGAAGUGACGAUUUUUCGCAGCUGUGCCGGCAGCCUGCUGCACGAGCCCUUGGACAGGAGCGACGUCCAGCAUGAAAUUGGGGAGCUGACCGCCAUGAGAUCUAAACCAACAGUGUUCGACAUGAAGGCGCUGAAGAGGCUCGCGCGGCAUGUGGCCGGCGCGGGGGAA